AAGAAUCGUCGCAAGGGGAAGUUAGCGGUACGGAAAGUUUGCUGUCGAGUUGACUGGAUAAGAACUCGCAUCGUGGACGAGCGCACUGUGGAGUACUCGUGAAGCUCUAGAGUGUGUUGUGUAAAUUUCACCAGAACCCGACCGAAAUGCCAAUCAUCGUGGACCAAUUGCAAUGGGCUUACCAUGGGAUCAUGGAGAACACGGACCCCCGAGUGGCCAAGUGGCCUCUCAUGGGGAACCCCAUGUCAAUCAUCUCGAUUGUGGCCUGCUACGUGUACUUCGUCAAGAUCUACGGUCCGAAACUUAUGCGGGACCGGAAACCGUACCCGAUCAAGAAUUUCAUAAUCGUCUAUAAUGUGUUCAUGGUGCUCGCGAAUGCGUGGUUCUUCUUCUACGGAGGUAGUUACACGUAUCUCGGAGGUGGAUACUCGUGGUUUUGCGAAGCUGCCAACUACGGUUCGGACCCAAAACAGAUGACCAUCAUCUCGAUCGGUUGGUGGUACAUGCUUCUGAAAAUCACAGAGUUGCUGGAUACGGUGUUCUUCGUUUUUACGAAAAAGUUCUCGCACAUCUCGGUUCUUCACGUGAUCCAUCAUUCAUUGGUUGCUUGUUCCGUCUGGCUCGGAGUUAACUUCGGUGCAACUGGUCAGAACGCUUUCUUCCCCCUCAUCAAUUGCGUGAUCCACUGUAUCAUGUAUGCGUAUUACGCGAUGGCUGCUCUGGGUCUCCAGAAGUACCUCUGGUGGAAACGAUACCUCACCCAGAUGCAGAUGUCUCAGUUCAUCUCGCUCAUCAUCCACGGAUCAAUUCCUGUGUUCUACGACUGUGGAUUCCCGCCAUAUUUCGGAUACAUCACCAUAUUUGAGGCGUCUCUGUUUUUCGUUCUCUUCUUCAACUUCUACAUGAAGACGUAUAAGAAGACUCCGGCUGCCGUGAAAAACGCCGACAACGGAGUGCAUUUCGCCGCGAAAACAAUCAAGGCCCAGUAAAUGCUCAAGAUCCGCCGACGUCAUUGUCGUCGUUGCCGCUCAUUUAGGACCAAUUUAGGACAACUGUAAAUAAUUUAUGAAGAUGGCUCAACCCCCUAAUGGAAUUCAACGUCCGUCUUCAACUCAGUGCUCAACUUGCGCAUUUACGUCGCCGCCUGGAUUGAGGAGACAUCUCUCGCACUUGGUGUAGUUCUAAGUGUUGUGUUGUUUGUAUCUCUCUGUUUCAUUUUUUGAAUUCAUCGUCGGUACCACGAGUCGUGCUCAUAAAUCCAGAAGACCCCUACACUGUUUGUCUGAUACAUGUGGAACUGGUGCAUUUAUGCACCGACUGCCAAAAAGCUGUUGAUGGCAAAACCAAAACAUAUGCUUUUGGAAUCUGGAGCUCCUCCUAGAAUCUCUCAUAUGUGGCAACGAGCUCCGAUCGUUCCUCAGUGCCACCAUCGCUUCUUCAAUCGAUCCCGGCAGUGAGAUGACCCGGACCCGAAAGAACGCUCUGUUGGUUAUACUGAAAGAAGUCCGUGCCGGAAGUUAUAGGUAGUCCGAACCAGAGCGAUCGAAUCCGAGAUCGAUUUUCAAGAAGAACGACUGCAGUCAAUACGAUGAUGAUAUAGAAAUAUAUUAUGCGGAGGACGGCCAGCGAAUUCGAUCGUGGGAAGCUCUGUUACUUCUCCGACCCGAAAACAUGUUGCAAGCGAAUACUGUAGAAG